AUGGCAGCCAGCACGAUGGGCACGGCGCUGGCAGUAUUGGUGGCCCUGCUGGCGACCGCAGCUACGGCCCAGCAGAUCCCCUCCAGCUCUGACUGCCUUGCGCGCACGCAGUCCAUUGGCGAGAACAAUCUGCUUCUCAGGUACGCGCGUGACAAGCACUCCUCUUUAAAACGCGGCGACGUUGGAAACGCCAACGGCCUGCUGGCUGGCAGCGGCGAGCUCGCCUACUGCCUGUGCAACAAGGAUGUUCUGGACACCACGCUCUCCACCAUCCAGAACAACCCCCUGGCCCGCAGCGCGGGUGUGACUGGCGCGGCGAUCCAGCAAGUCCUCUCUCAGUGUGGCGUCCCAAUCGCCGGCAGCAAUGCGUGCAAGGCCGGCGGCGGCGUGAGCGUCCAGGCCCCCGGCACCCAGGUCCAGGUUGCGCGCGGUGGCGCGACCUCCGUCUCGGCCCCUGGGACCCAGGUCAAUGUCGGCGGCGGCGCCGGCGGGGGCGGUGGCGGUGCCGCCGCUGCUGCCCCUGCGGCGGGCCAAGGCGGUUUCUUCGCAAAGAAGCACCCCUUCCUGGACCAGGACCAGCAGCAGUAUGAGGGCAUCGGUGCUAUCCAAAGCUGGCCGGCAACAUCAGGCAUCCGCCACAGCCCGCACGCGCUCGGGGGCCCCAUGCAAGCCGCGCCUGGUGUCCCGCCAGGUGGAUUUUUCACGCAGUGGCGGGCUCUGCCUGAGGCCGUGACCGUGGUUUCAGACCUAGCAGCCUCCGACGGGUCAACGCUGGCGACGAUCGCCGGCUUUGUGGCCGCCGGCGCCGCCGCUUUCUAUGCAGUUGGCCAGAAGAGCCAGGCCGAGGCGCUAUCAAAGGAGCUCGAGGCUCUGAAGGCAGCGUCAGGCGGCGCCGCUGCGCAGGGCGCGGCUGAUGGCGCCGGGGCGGACGACGCCACGCUUGCCGCGCUGCAGCAGCAGCUCGCGCAGGCGCAGGCGGCGGCGAAGGACGAGUCCGCGAAGCGCGCGGCUGCGGUGAAGGAGAAGGAGUCCUCGCUGGCCGCGAAGCAGUCGGAGCAGUCCAAGCUCCAGAACGAGCUCUCUGCUGCGCAGCGCGCGCUGACCGACGCCUCCGCUGCGCAGCGCACCGCCGAGGCUGCCGCCGAGGCCGCAGCGGCGCGCGCCGCCGCCGCAGAGGAGCGGCUGUCGGCCGCGUCCCAGGCGGCCGCGGCUGCGGCCGCGGAGCUGGGCGGCCUCAAGGCGGCGGCUGCCAAGAAGCUGUCUGACCUGGAGGCGCAGCUGGCGGAGGCGUCGGCGGCGGUCAAGAAGGCGACCGAGGAGAAGGAGGCUGCGGAGGCGGGCGCGGCGCGGGCGCGCAGUGAGAUGGGCAGCGAGCGCGCCAAGGCGUCGCGCCUGCAGGUGACAGGGCGGGCGGCGAGUCCCACGACAUGA